AUGAGGUUCACUUCAAUUCUGUGUCUGGCGGCCGCUGUCUCGAGUGCCAGUGCCGCAUUCAGAGGCUUUAACGUUGCGGGUCAUCUGGCUAGUGGUCAAUGCCGGAGCGAGAAUGACUGGCAACUAGCCUUCGAGCGACUCGCUACAUUGCCUGGAGGCUUCAAGAAUGUCCGCUUAUAUGCCUCAGGUGACUGCAAUACUCUCGAGAAUGCAGUGCCCGCCGCUAUACGGACUGGCACCAAGCUACUUGUCGGAGUCUGGACACAGGAUGCAGCCCACUUCGACUCCGAGAAGCAGGCAUUGUUACGAGCUGUGCAGGAGUACGAAUCUGAGUGGAUCUUGGCGGUGUCCGUGGGAUCAGAGGAUCUGUACAGGAAGGAGACCGACCCGAACUACCUUGCUCAGCAGAUCUGGGAUGUGAGAGGAAUGCUUUGGAGCGUGGGCGCUUCUCCCACGAUUGGUCACGUCGACACAUGGACGGCCUGGAUCGAUCCCAAUAAUAAGCCCGUCAUUGAUGCUGUCGAUUGGCUCGGGAAUGAUGCCUAUGCAUACUUCGAGGGUAAGGGCAUUGCAAAUGGCGAAGCGAAAGAUGCGUACUACGCUGCUCACGAUCGAGUCGUUGCAGUUUCUGGCGGCAAAGAGGUCUGGACCACCGAAACCGGCUGGCCUAUCAAGGGAGACACAAUCGGCAGUGCUCAAGCGCCCUACCAUCCGCGCAGCAGCAAUCCAAGCUGCACUUACAACAGCAUCACCGAUACCGUGACCAAGACCUGCUCCCUGAUCGCCGAAGCCGCCUCCAAAGGAGUGCAGCUGCUUGCCUUUCCCGAGGCCUGGCUUGGGUCGGGCUACCCGCUGUGGAUCUGGGGUAAGUAUGGGUACAGGUCGGAGGGAGAGGGUGUUGUCGAUAGUCCGGAUGAGGAUGUGACAGCAGGGCAGCGGGGUUUGAAGGAUCUCUUCGUGCGGAACAGUAUUGAAGUGGGUAGUGAUGAGGGGAGGGGUCAUCUGGCGCAGAUAGGGGAGUGUGCGAGGAAGAAGGGUAUCGUUGUGGCGUUGGGUAUUUCUGAACGUCUGAGGGAGCGAGAUGGAGAGUGGAAGCUGUACAUUGGCCAGAUCUUGAUUGAUGCGGAGGUUGAGGUCAGGUUGAGGCGACACAAGCUGCGUGCGUUUGGGCUGGAGAGAGCAUUGUUCGGCGACGGCGGUGGAUUGGACGGUGAUCUGCAAAACGUGGGCGAAGUUGACCUCAAGAGUGAGAGCGACAAGGCCAGAGGCAGGGUUGGGAUGCUAAGCUUUGGUGAACACUAUCAUCCGCUCAUCAACUUCAACACGUUCUCCCGAAACGAGCAGAUUCACGUCGCUGCUUGGCCGCCCGUAGCACCACAUCCUGGGAGUCCAGUUCCAUGUUCAAUGUGCGACGAAGGUACGGCCGACGCAGCCCUUACCAUCCACCCCAUCACAACUCCAACUCGUCUACUGACUCCUUCCACAGCAGUAGCAGCGCUUUCCCGCACCUACGCCACGACCUCGCAAACCUUCGUCCUGCACAGCACUUCCAUAAUCACCGACCCUUCUACGCCAAUAACCAUGGGCACGACCGCGCCACAUAGCAUCGUCUUCGACACCACUGGUGGCGGAAACGCACGCAUCUUCGCGCCCGAUGGGAGACGAUUGACAACGGACCUGGGCUGCGUAGAGGAGGGGAUGGUCGUGGCUGACUUGGAGCUCGGAUGGUGCGAGAUGGCGAGAGGGAUGUUGGACUGUCGGAACGGAGAGACUGCCAUGGGAAUGGGGGAUCUGUUGAAGUUAGUGAGGGUCAGACAGGCAUGA